ACUUUACCCGGAAGUGCAUCUAUGGUAUCCUCAAGGAUAACCAAACAUGCUUAUUCUCUGCCUCAGAAUGUGAGAUUAUAAAAAGACGACAACGAUUCCAAGGUGGACCACAGCUAAAUAAAAAACGACAUCCCCCAGACCCAGCCAUGAACAGAGCCCUGUGUUCCGGCCUUCGUCUGUCCAGGGUCGGCAGACUAUGCACGACCAGCCCUCCCCUCAGCGGUGGUUACUUCCACUGGACAUGCGCCACUGUCCCCACACCCCCCUCACCCCCCUCACGCUCAUACUCCUCCAACAUCAAGGUGCGCUCCUACCUCCAGUAUAUCAAACACAAGCUCAAGCCCCCGCCUAGCCCACCCUACCCCCACGUGUGCCAGGUGGGCGACCCCGUGCUGCGAUCCCACGCCGCCCCCGUGGACCCGUCGGCGGUGCUGGGGUCGGAGGUGCAGGAAGUGAUCGGCGCCAUGGUAAAGGUGAUGAGGAAGCUGCAGUGCAUGGGGAUGAGCGCGCCCCAGGUGGGCGUGCCACUGCGGAUCCUCGCCCUCGAGUUCCCAGAGAGCAUGUUGAAGGACGUGUCGCCAGCGGCGAGGGAGGCGAGGGGCGUGGCAGUGUUCCCGCUGAGGGUCUUCAUCAACCCCCAGCUUCGGGUUCUGGAUCGACGCACGGUUCUGUUCCAGGAGGCCUGUGAGAGCAUCUCGGGGUUCUCCGCCAGGGUUCCACGCUAUCUGGGAGUGGAGGUCUCGGGGCUUAAUGAGAAGGCAGAGCCAGUUACAUGGCAGGUAAGUGGCUGGCCAGCCAGGAUCCUCCAGCAUGAGAUGGACCAUCUCGACGGGGUUCUCUACAUUGACCACAUGGACACCAAGACCUUCAUCAACAUCAAGUGGGAGGAGCACAAUGAGUAGUCUCAGUGGACUGGUUCCAGGGCUUGGAUCAUGAGAACUGAUGCUUUCUGGAGCAUUUCCAAGACCUGUUAGGAGAGACAGUGUUCUGAGGCUGCUCAGAAGCCAACCACAGCAGGGUCCUGGACAUGAACACAUACCUGAAAAGUUGAAUCUGUUGAAUAAAUCUUCAAAGAUU